CCCCCCCCCCCCCCCCCUCUCAUUGGAGUUAAAGAAGGAACAGGCUUUGCUUGGAUUCUGCUGGUAGACACUACCCACUAAAAAUAAUGGCAGUGCUACUCCCGACCUCUGCUUGUGCUUCGUUUCUUGGACUAUCAUCACCAUUAUCGCUACCCAAUAAAUCCCUUAAACCCUCCUUUCCCAUUCUCUCCAACGACAUCCCGAGCCUCUCUUCAAGGAAGACACCGAGUGGCACCGCAAGUAGAUAUCUUUCUCUUCCACGUGUAGCUGCUCCUCCAACCGCACCAGCAUCUCAGGAAAAUCGAGAAGAAGAAGAAGGAAAAUUCGUGAAAGAAGAGUAUGGUGUUGAGGAUGACUGCGGUGACGAAAGCUCGUCUGGAACCAAGUUCUCUUGGAGGGAUCAUUGGUACCCAGUUUCUUUGCUUGAAGAUUUGGACCCUAAUCUCCCUACCCCGUUUCAACUUCUGGGUCGAGAUCUCGUGCUCUGGUUCGACAGGUCUGCCCGCGAAUGGGUUGCUUUCGACGACAAAUGCCCCCAUCGCCUCGCCCCCUUAUCUGAAGGGCGGAUUGAUGAAGGCGGAAACUUACAGUGUUCAUACCACGGUUGGUCAUUUGAUGGGUGCGGAUCUUGUGUUAAGAUCCCUCAGGCUUCAACUGAAGGUCCUGAAGCUCGUGCUACUAAGUCUUCGAGAGCGUGCGCUACAAGGUUCCCUACUAUGCAGUCUCAAGGCCUGCUCUUUGUUUGGCCGGAUGAGAAUGGCUGGGAAAGAGCACGUGGCACUAAGCCUCCCAGGCUGCCUGAUGACUUUGAUAAAUCUGAAUUUUCGUCGGUGACAAUUCAGCGUGAUCUGUUUUAUGGCUACGAUACCCUUAUGGAGAACGUCUCUGAUCCUUCCCACAUUGAUUUUGCUCAUCACAAGGUUACAGGAAGGAGAGAUAGAGCCAAGCCUCUGCCUUUUAAGCUAGAGUCUAGUGGUCAUUGGGGCUUUGCAGGGGCAAAUGAUGGGAACCCACGGAUCAGUGCUGAGUUUGUUGCACCUUGUUAUUAUAUCAAUAAAAUAGAAAUAGAUACAAAGCUUCCAAUAGUUGGUGAUCAAAAAUGGAUAAUAUGGAUUUGUUCCUUCAAUGUGCCAAUGGCACCUGGGAAGACCCGAUCUAUUGUUUGUAGUGCUAGAAAUUUCUUCCAGUUUACGAUGCCAGGGCCUGCCUGGUGGCAGGUGGUUCCUAGAUGGCACGAGCAUUGGACUUCAAAUAAGGUGUAUGAUGGGGACAUGAUUGUCCUUCAGGGUCAAGAGAAGAUCUUUCUUUCAAAGACAAUGGAGGGUUCUGUUGAUGUUAAUAAGGAGUAUACAAAAAUAACAUUCACACCGACCCAAGCAGAUCGCCUUGUCUUGGCAUUUCGAAAUUGGCUGCGGCGACAUGGCAACAGCCAACCUGAGUGGUUUGGCAUAAACAACGAACAGCCUUUGCCAUCAACAGUUUUUUCAAAACGUCAGAUGUUGGAUAGAUUUGAGCAGCACACUCUUAAAUGUUCAUCUUGCAAAGGAGCUUACACAAGAUUCCAGGCAUUGCAGAAGUUUUUAAUUGGUGCAACAGUUCUUUGCUGUGCAACUGCUGGGAUCCCUUCAGAUAUGCAAUUACGGAUUUUCUUGGCUGGGCUUGCACUUCUUUGUGCUGGAUUGGCCUUUGCUUCGCAUGAACUACAAAAAAACUUUGUGUUUGUUGAUUAUGUACACGCUGAAAUUGAUUAGAAAGAGAGAAGAUGAUAUGCUUGGGCACUGGCUGCCUAAAUGCAUAGGCAUUAGAAACUACUAGUGAAAUCAACCUUUGCCAAAUAUAUAGAAUCGAUGCCAAAACCUGUACAGAGAAUUUGUCAUUCAAGUUAUAUGUGCGUUGUCAAAAUGAGCUUGCUUACAGCUAACCUAUUAUAUUGUCUUUGACAUUGUUUCUGUUUUAUUAUUUAAACAGUUCGACAUAGUCAUUGACUUA